AAAAAGAAAAGCAACAGUUUCCUAUGGAAGAAGAAAGUCAGUCUCAAUCUACAAGUCACCAUGCUGUUACUAAACGCAAAAAAAAGUCAAAAAAAGAAAAGCAACAGUUUCCAUUGGAAGAAGAAAGUCAGUCUCAAUCACCAAGUCACCAUGCUGUGGCUAAACGCGACAUAAUGUCAAAAAAAGAAAAGCAACAGUUUCCUAUGGAAGAAGAAAGUCAGUCUCAAUCUACAAGUCACCAUGCUGUUACUAAACGCAAAAAAAAGUCAAAAAAAGAAAAGCAACAGUUUCCAUUGGAAGAAGAAAGUCAGUCUCAAUCACCAAGUCACUGUACUGUGACUAAAUGUGACAAAAAGUCAAAAAAAGAAAAGCAACCGUUUCCAAUGGAAAAAGGAAAGUAUCAACGCAAGUCGCUUCGGUAUCUUGUUGAAAUUAGAGAUCUUCUUUCAAAAUUAGUAGAGGUUAAGGACCCAGAAAAUAGUAAAUUUCAUAGCGAAAAAAUUAAUAACUCUGACCAACUCGAUGAACUAGAAGAAGUUAUCAAGGAUGAUGUGCAGCGAAAAGCAAUUUUAUCUAAACUGAAGAAUAUUGGUGGUGUGGAUAUGGCAGAUUGUACCAGAAAUAUGUUGGGAAAAUUAUUUUCCGUAAACCUGAUGGCGAAUAUGAACAUUAAAGGGAGUAAACGUAAAGGCAGAGAAAACAAAAUAUCGUUUGAAAACCUUAAGUUAAAGGACGUUAUGUUUGAAGCGUUACAAGACAGGUAUACCGUUAGUGAAAAAGAAUUAUUUAGAGUUGUCGGGAAUAAACUAAAGAAUGCACCAGGAAGAUUGAACCAUUCCAUUGAUAUCUAACAUUUAUAUUAUAUUAUAUGUAUAUAGUUUAUGUUAUAGUAUAUAGUUACUUUUUUUAAAUAAAUAAACAAUAAUAUUAUACAA